UCCGCAAGCAGGGUCCCAGCGACCUCAGAGCAGCCGACGUUCGUAUCCCGAGCCGAUCCUGUUUCCCGCUUUUUUUCCUCGGGAGCCGCACCUGAACUCGGCGCCUCGGGGCUCCAGGCGGCCGCAGGAGCAGCAGCAGCAGCAGCAACAACAACAACAACAACGCGCAAGGAAGGGAGGGAAUGACGGCGAGGCGGCGGAGCGCGCGGGGCCCUCUCCCUCCUCCUCCUCCUCCUCCUCCUUCCAUCCCUGCAAGGCUACCUCCUGGGCGUAGGGAAUCGCCUGAUUGGCCGGAGGAGCUGCCGGGCCCCCAAUUAAAGUGCAGCCGCGGAGCUGCGAGGAUCGUCGGGGAGAAAGGAAGACCCGCUCCCCGCCGCCCGCCGCGGUGGCAUCUUCUAGAUCGGCAGCUGGAGGGCGCGUAACGGGAUCCCCGGCGAGAUGGGUAGCAGAAUCACCUUCUUUGAGGUGGAAAUUCUUGACUGGAAGACAAAACAACAGCUCUGCUUCCUAGAAAAGGUUGAGCCACACACUACAAUAAGUGACAUUCAAGUGAUGUUCCACAAGAUGCAUCCUCAGUGGUAUCCAGCAAGACAAUCUAUAAGGCUUGAUCCUAAAGGAAAGUCCCUGAAGAAUGAGGAAAUCCUGCAACUGCUCCCAGUUGGCACCACUGCUACUCUCUAUUUUAAAGAUUUAGGACCGCAAAUUGGAUGGACCAUGGUGUUUUUGAUAGAAUAUACGGGCCCACUGUUCAUCUAUUUUGUGUUUUAUCUCCGUAUGCCUUUUAUCUAUGGCCAGGAUGACAGAUUUACUUCAGGCCGACAUCCAGUAGUUAACUUGGCAUGUAUCUGCCAUUCUUUCCACUACAUCAAAAGGUUGAUUGAAACAAUAUUUGUUCAUCGGUUCUCCCAUGGGACUAUGCCACUGAGGAAUAUUGUUAAGAAUUGUUUCUAUUACUGGGGAUUUGCUGCCUGGCUUGCUUUUUAUAUCAAUCAUCCUCUUUACACACCACCAUAUUAUGGACAAAAACAAGUCAAUUUUGCUCUGAUCAUGUUCCUGACGUGUGAAGCUGGAAACUUUUCUAUCCAUAUUACACUUAGUAAUCUGAGAAGAGAUGGAAAAAGAUCCAAGACCUGUAAGAUCCCUUAUCCAACGAAGAAUCCUUUCACGUGGCUAUUUUAUUUUGUGUCAUGCCCCAAUUAUACCUAUGAGCUGGGAACGUGGAUUGGUUUUACUAUCAUGACUCAGUGCGUUUCAGUGGGAUUGUUCACCUUGCUGUGUUUCAUUCAGAUGACGAUCUGGGCAAAGGACAAACACUGCACUUAUAUACGAGAGUUUAAGGACUACCCUAGUUUUAGAAUGUCCAUCAUUCCUUUCUUAUUAUAAGAACAAUGUUUUUUUCCCUUUCUAAAUUAUAAGCAGCAAAAUGGAUGGACGUCCAAGAAGACUGUUGGCAAUGGAGCCAAGAUAUGAAAAUAAUUUAGAUUGAUUAUUUCAGAUGCAUGUUAAUACUGUGCUACAGUGAGAGGGGCUCACAAUAUGCAGGUUUUAGCAUUGACUCCUCUUUUUUUUUCAUCUUAUUGCCUUAAGGGUCAUGAAACACAUUCAUAUUUUAUUUCAGUUUGAUCCGCCAAAGUAAAAGAUAAGUAGAUGGUUUUGAUGCUUCUCUGGGUUAGACUCCGAGAAAAAAAAAUCAUGAGCAUCCAUACUGCAUCCAAAAGAGAAAACAAGGUUGCAUCUGGUAUAAGAUGCUUGCUAUAGCAAGCAGUACAGGUCAUUUAUGGGAAACCUCUAGCCUACAGGCCUAAUCUGGUUUAUGAGGCCAGCAUGUUACAGCCUGGGGGCCUUGGCCUUAAUCUAACCUGCACUGAAACCUGUCUCAAUCCCCCAAGGGCCCCUCUCAUCACUGCCCUGCUGAUUGGAAGCACACCCAGUGCAUGGCUUUCCCAGGGAAUACUCACUAUAGACAGAUCGUCUAAGAGUUGCCUUUUGCUUCCCCUCAAAAUGGAGGAUCUACAGCAGCCCCAGUCAGGUUCUCCCUGUACUGUAUUUCUUUUGAUUGGGUAAUGUGCACACUUGACAUUGGCAUCUGUUUCUAACCACAAUGGCGCCAAAGUGACUUAUCAAAAUCUUCAUGCUUGCAUAGUAACAUCCCACAAAAUACAUAGAGAACGAGUUUACAUUGCAAGGCACAUUUCUUCACAGUUGUCCUAUUCUUUAUAGAUAGCAAUAUAUAUUGGACAAUUAGAAGAGCAACUUGUGGAGAAUGCACAGCGGAAAGUGUUCCAUGAGAUUUAUGACUCCCUUUAGUCCUGAAUGGAGAAAACUAUGUUUCCCCAUUCUCAUUCUGCAUAGAAAAGGAACAGAGAUUAUUUUAAACUCUACUAUAUCCUGAAAUUAUAACCCAUCGGGCCAAAGAGAUUCAGACCAAGACUGGAUCCAAUUCCCAACCCUUGUUUAGAACAUGGUACACAGAACUAGAGUAGGAUCACAAGGAAAGGAAGCAGUCAAUACACCAUCUGGUGACCCUACCAAUAAGCUACUCAGAGUUGCUUAUGAUUGAGGUACAAUUAAGCUUAGUAAAAUAAACAGAAACAUAAGUUUCUGUGGAGAUUGCCUAUAAAAAUAUCCCCAAUAAAAAUAGACCUUGGGUUGAUGGGAGUUGGGACCGGGAUUGCUGUCACUGAGCAACACAGUCAUAAAGUAUGACAUGCAUGGCCUCAUUGCUAAGCAAUCCCAGGCACCCCGUGUUGCCAUCAAAACUCCAGGAUGGAUGGGUCAUUAAGCAGGAGUUUCAAGUAAGGAGCUUGGGAUGCCACAGGUGCUAGCAUAGCCUGUGUAUGAGUUGGGGGAAGGGGUGCUACAAUGGAGCACAAGUGCAGGGAGGCUGAAGUAAGGAGAGGAGAGUGUAAUACGUGGCACAGCAAGGCCGGUGGGGUGGGGGGCAACAUGAGCAACUUGCAACCUUCUCUGCCAGCUUUCCCAUUGACUUUGCUGUGCAUGCAACAUAAUUUCAUUUUAAUGUAUGCCGAUUAGUGUACAUUCAAAGUGACAAUAGUCUAUCCUAUCCUAUCCUACCCUAUCCUAUCCUAUCCUAUCCUAUCCUAUCCUUUUGGGAAAGUAGCAGGGAAGGUCGCAAAUGGCAAUCACAUGACUUCAGGAUGCUGCAACUGUUUUAAAUUGCAAGCUGCUUGCCAAGAUUAUGAUCUGCUUGUUCAGAUCAUAAUCAUAUGGCCAUGUGGACACUGCAAUAGCUGGAACUUUGAUGACCGUUUAUAAAUACACAUCUAAUGCUGUCACAACUUCAGUUGCUGAACAAGUAGUCUUGGCAAGCAAAGCUACCAAUAAAAAUAAAAUUGACUGAAGGUAACAAAAUAGAUAAGGCAAUGGAUAUUUACCCAGUCUUUGGCAUGUUCUGUCUUCAUGAAGCCCUAUUAGAUAGGGGAUGCAUUCCCUACAUUAACUUCACCACAUCCUGCAAGCUGGUGCUUUAGCUAAAGCUAAAGUAUCUUAUACUACCUGCAUUUCUCAUGCUUGGAAAGGCUUAUGUUUAUACUUCAAUUCUAUGCACACUUAUUUGACUGUAAGUCUUAUUGGUGUGACUUACUUUCAAGUAAACAUGCAUAGCAGCAGGUUACCUAUCGACUGCUGUCCUCCAGCCUUAUGCGUGGAUGCAAGGAAAUAUUAAACAAUCCUGCAUUAUAUUUUCCCCUAAAAUGCCCCAUGUAUUUUUUUAAAAAAUGUGUGCAAAAUUGUAUCAAGAAAUCAGUACAAUGUUGUCUUAAAUUUUUAAGAAGUCUGUAGCAACAAAGGAACCUGGGAUGUUUCAGAUUUAUUUCUCUAGAAAUAAUGUACAUUUUUCAGCUAUUUGUAAAGAGAUAAUAUGUAAUAAACUGAAACUUUUAUUUUAAA